AGGACCGUUUCAGAAAUGGACUAGCUGACUGACAGUCCUCCCGGGUCCGGAAGGUGAUCUGCAGCCGGUCUGAGAAUUCCGACGCCCCGGGCCUUACGUAGGAUCUAAAUAACUCCCAAGACUUCCAACUGUUUCUCAUUGAGACGUUUCCACCGACGCAAGUACAUUAUUUCCAGUAUCCUUUUUCAGGUUCCAUGAUAAGAAUAUACCAGCAGCGAAAGAACACCGAAUUGGGAGUCAGAGAGCCAGGGUUCUAGUCCUGACUAUCAUUAACUAGCGGUAUGACAUUGGAGAAGGCUUUUUGACCUCUCUGGACUCCAUUUUCCUUUUCUGUAAAAUGAGGGGCUUGGAAUAAGUAGCAAGAGAAACAUGAACCAGAAGAUGCUGAAGUUGGAGAACUUGCUACGAUUUCACACUAUUUGUAGGCAGCUGCACAGCCUGUGUCAAAGAAGAAUGUUGGCACAGUGGAGGCACGUGUUUUCAUCUGCUUAUCCAGUGCAGACGGCUCAGCUGUACGCCUGGCCCUGGCAAACAGCUGUGCUCAGCAGGGCUACUCUGUCUCAACAUAGGCCUCUGAUGACAAAGAAGGAAAAAAGGUCACAGAAAUCUCAGUUAUCUUCAACAAAAUCUAAAAAGGAAGUGGAGGUAUGGAUUGGAAUGACUGUUGAGGAGCUGGCCAGAGCAGUGGAAAAAGACAUAGAUUGUGUAUAUGAAUCUUUAAUGAACACUGCUAUUGACGUAGAUUCGCUGGAAGCACACUCACAUUUAGAUGAAGUCUGGGUCAAAGAAGUGAUAAAGAAGUUAGGGAUGAAGUUAAAAUGGAGCAAAUUAAAACAGGACAAAGUCAGAGAAAAUAAAGAUGCUGUGAAAAGGCCCCAGGCAGAUCCAGCUUUAUUAAUCCCAAGGUCCCCAGUUGUUACUAUAAUGGGCCAUGUUGAUCACGGGAAAACGACAUUACUUGACAAACUGCGAAAAACUCAAGUGGCAGCAAUGGAAGCUGGAGGCAUCACUCAGCACAUUGGUGCCUUUCUUGUCUCUCUGCCUUCUGGGGAAAAGAUAACGUUUCUUGAUACUCCAGGACACGCUGCUUUCUCAGCAAUGAGAGCCAGAGGUGCUCAGGUUACUGACAUUAUCAUAUUGGUUGUAGCUGCAGAUGAUGGAGUGAUGAAACAAACUGUAGAAUCCAUUCAGCAUGCCAAAGAUGUUCAAGUUCCUAUUGUCCUUGCCAUAAACAAAUGUGACAAAGCUGAGGCUGAUCCUGAGAAAGUGAAAAAAGAACUGCUAGCUUAUGAUGUGGUAUGUGAGGAUUAUGGAGGCGACGUUCAAGCAGUGCAUAUCUCUGCGCUCACAGGCGAUAAUAUGAUGGCUUUGGCAGAGGCAACAAUUGCUCUUGCAGAAAUGUUAGAAUUGAAAGCAGACCCUACUGGUGCAGUUGAAGGAACAGUAAUAGAAUCUUUCACAGACAAAGGAAGAGGUCCUGUUACUACAGCAAUAAUUCAAAGAGGAACUUUGAGAAAAGGCUCCAUUCUGGUUGCUGGAAAGAGUUGGGCAAAAGUACGCUUAAUGUUUGAUGAAAAUGGCAAGACAAUCAAUGAGGCCUGUCCCAGCAUGCCAGUGGGAAUUAUAGGCUGGAGAGACCUCCCUUCUGCAGGAGAUGAAAUUCUUGAAGUAGAAUCUGAGUCAAGGGCACGUGAAGUUGUUGAUUGGAGGAAGUAUGAGCAAGAACAGGAGAAAAAUAAAGAAGAUCUGAAGUUAAUAGAAGAAAAGCGAAAGGAACACCAAGAAGCACAUCAGAAAGCCCGCGAGAAGUAUGGCACUUUGCACUGGAAGGAGAGAGUAUUUAUAAAGUACAAAGAAAAGAAACAGCAGCAACCCUUAAAGCCAAAAGAAAAAGAAGAAAGAGAUUCAAAUGUACUUCCUAUAAUUAUUAAAGGUGAUGUUGAUGGUUCUGUUGAGACCAUUUUGGACAUUAUGGAUACCUAUGAUGCUUCACAUGAGUGUGAACUAGAAUUAAUACAUUUUGGUGUGGGUGAUAUUAGUGAAAAUGAUGUUAACCUUGCUGAAACAUUUCAUGGUGUUAUAUAUGGCUUCAAUGUGAAUGCAGGCAGUGUUAUCCAGCAGUCGGCUGCAAAAAAAGGAGUAAAAAUUAAACUUCACAAAAUCAUUUACCGUCUUAUUGAAGAUUUGCAGGAGGAACUGAGCAGCAGAUUGCCCUGUGUUGUGGAAGAGCACACAAUAGGUGAGGCUUCUAUACUAGCUACCUUCUCUAUAACAGAAGGGAAGAAAAAAGUUCCUGUGGCUGGCUGCAGAGUCCAAAAGGGGCAGUUAGAAAAGCAAAAAAAAUUUAAAUUAAUCCGUAAUGGACAUGUUAUUUGGAAGGGGUCAAUAAUCUCACUGAAACACCAUAAAGAUGAUAUUUCAGUCAUCAAAACUGGAAUGGAUUGUGGUCUCAGUUUGGAUGAAGAAAAGAUAGAAUUUAAAGUGGGAGAUGAUAUUGUUUGUUAUGAAGAAAAAGAAGUUCUAGCCAAGACUUCUUGGGAUCCAGGAUUUUAAAAUUAUAAUUAAAGAUGUAAAUGAUUGAAUGUUUUGGUUUAUUAGAG